UAGCAGGUUAGACACAGACUGAAAAGAGUGAUGGCAACACUGGUUCCACGUAACAUUUUGGUGACUGGCUCUAGUCGAGGCAUUGGCUUGGAAAUGGUCAAGCAGCUGAUCAGGAAACCUAACCAUCCAGAGACAAUAUUUGCCACUUGUCGGAACCCAGAGGAUCCACAGGCUCAGGAGUUGAAGAAUCUGGCUGAGAAACACCAGGGACUAGAAGUCAUCCCGCUGGAUGUCUGCAAACCAUCCAGCAUCACAGAGGCUGCAGCCAAAAUCACUGGGCUGCUGAAAGGAGCUGGCCUAAAUCUACUGAUAAAUAAUGCUGGGAUAUUAAAUAUAAACAGCACCCUGGAACUAGCUGCACCAGAGGACAUGCUGGAGGUGUACAAAGCCAAUGUGAUUGGGCCCAUGCUGGUGAGCCAGGCAUUUGUGCCCCUUCUGAAGAAAGCAGCAGAGAAGAGCCCCCAGAAAGGGAUGAGCUGUAGCAAAGCAGCCAUUGUCAAUGUGACCUCUAUUGCUGGUUCCAUUACUAGCAUGUUUAUGUGGCAAAGUGGACAAGUCAUCUCCUACCGUUGCAGCAAGGCUGCUCUGAACAUGCUCACAAAGUUCCAGUCCCUUGAAUAUGCCAAAGAUGAGAUCCUGUGUGUACCAUUGCACCCGGGGUGGUUGCAGACAGAUAUUGUAGGGAGGCAGGCUCCAAUGACAGUGGAGGAGGGUGUUCAGAAGAUCCUGGAUACGCUCUUCCAACUCUCUGAGAAAGACAGUGGCACGUUUGUUGACUUGGAGGGGAAAGUUCUUCCCUGGUAAGACGCAGCUACAAUGCAUUCACAUACUGACAGUGUUCUACUUGACCUUCCUUCAGAAGGAACCUAUUACUAUGGGCCAAGGGGAAUGCAUAACCAU